AUGUACAAAUUAAACCUCUUAGCACUGUUGAUGUUGCUGGUUGUCAAGCCUUCGAUGUCAGGAUUUCUCUACAGUUAUUUUACGUGUGAAGGACUACGCGAACACGCCGUCUGUGUCAGCUCAUGGAGCACAUUGAACAAAGACAAAAUUUGUUCUACAGUCUCGGGUGUCUCCGAGGCAGGUAACGCGGGUUCGACAACGGGAAAAAACAACGCUGUGGAGUGGACAUGUGAUUAUCUAUACAAAGCUGGCGCCUUUUGUUGUGAAUCUCGUACUCACCGUGGAAUGCCCAAGCUGACAACUAACAAUCACCUCAAUGAUCUUAUUGGAUAA